AUGGGACGCCUAUUUGAAGCGGUGUCCCCGAAGGGCAGCCCCGUCGGCAUCCUGGAGUGGGCGCAGUUCCUGGAGCGUUACCGCAACGGAGACUGGUACUCCUUGCAGGAGCGCAUCCAUCUCACCUUUGCCUUGUAUGACCUGGAUGGGGAUGGCAUGCUGUCACUGGCAGAUGCUAUCAGCCUCUCGCGCGAGGUGGAGCGCCUGGAGUUGAUCUACGGCAAG